AUCAAUGUGGGUGUGAGGAGCAUGAACCCUUGGCAGGUGUGUGAGGGGACCAUGGGCCUGUGGCAAGCGCAGACAUGGCAGGAACAUGAAGGGACACUGUCGAUGGCAGUAGGCAUUUUUUUCUGGCAUUUUGGUUGGUAAAAGGUAGAGAGGGGGCUGCAAGUGUUGUUUAUUUCCUCUAGCAUCUAUUGGUUUUAUUUUACAGAUGUUGUUCUUUAAUAGCUCCAUGUGUGUCUGUUCCCCACUGCACAGCAGUGGAUUUUAAAUCCCAGUGGCUGCUGGUGCAGGAGAGCAGUGCUGAGGAACUCCAGAGCUCGUGUUUGGCUUGGUGUUCCAAAGAGGGGCAGCCUUUGGUAACAACAAACCCCAAGCUCUUUAAGACUACAGGAGCUGUAGCCACUUCCAGCAGCCAUGGUGCACCAGAGUCCAAUGAGAACCAUAUUGUUCCCAUCUUCUGCUGCACGCUGAACUCCAGGUGGCCUUCCUGCUGCAAGUCAUUGAAGCUCUUCAUUGUUGAGGGACCUGGUUUUUCACUGGGAUUACCAAGCUAGGCCAGAAGAAAGGGUGAGGAAACUCCCCCAGCUGCACUGCUUUGAGCAGUCUUGCACCUUCUGCACAUGAGAAACCUGGUGCUGUAAAGUGAGCCCUUGGUUGUUCAGCAUGGGAAGGCUGGAAGGAAGGACUGCAGCAUGGAGGAGAGUUGGGAAGGAGACUGAGCUCUUCUGCAGUGUGAGAAAAGGAAUUUAAUUCCCAGCAGCUGAGUUGUAGCCACCUUGUUUGCUCAGUUGUGCUCUCUGGGAACUUCUCCCAUUGUAAUCUGAAGUAGAAAUGGGUGACAGGAGCUUUUUGGAAUGCCUUGAGCACAUUGUGGCAGUGGCAAAGGGAUGUCUGAACUUUCUGCAUUCACAUCAGCAACCUUUGUCCAUGGCAGGAUAGAAUCAGCAUGGGCUGAAAUAGCAUUUAACCCCACUCAUGUCGAGUAUCUUUAGCAUUUCAGUGUGCACAGAAGCUGUUUGCAGAUGGAUUCCUUUUUAUGUGUAGCUGGGAGAUGUUCUCAAGUGUGCUGAGGGAAUCAAAACAUUCCUAGCUUGCUGCUUAGAAGUGUCUGUUGCUGUAGACAAGGUCACAGUGCUCAGCUCUGUGUGUCUGAGUUGAUUUCGUUGCUGCUUUCAAGGUAUUUUGGAGGUGUCUCUCCUAAUAUCCAGGUGUAUGUCUCAUUCCAGGCACUCAGCUAUCACUGGCAGCAAUUUCUAUGCCAUUUUAGAUGCUUCUUCACAGUGCUAAGUAAUUGUGUGUUGUACAAAUGGAUUGUUUUAUGGCAGUUGGUUGCUGCGGUGCAAAGCCCACUUUGGGGUAAUUUGUCUAGAAAUACACUGAUUGUUUCACUAAAGGAACUCUGCAUGCUUGUUUUUCCCAUUAACAGAUAAAACAGCCCUUCCUUCAGCUGCUUGUUUCACUGAAAUUUCCUUGUCCCUCAGCAUUCCAAGCAAUUGGCUAUUGCCUCAUUUUUCCUGAACGCAAUAUUAAUGAUGUGUGUGGUCAGCUCAUAAUAAUUACUUUAUCCUCUAUCUUUUUGCCUCCAAUAUCCUCUUUGCUUGUACCAGCCUGAAUUGUAAGUUAUUUGCCAGCAGGAUUUUCUUAUUCAUUUGAUGAUCAACUUGCCUUUAUAACCUCUUUUUAAAAUUCUUCUUUCCUACUGCUUGAAACCAUUGGAGUUCAGCUAGGAGGAGUGAAGUUGGGUGUCUAGGGUGUGUGGAUCAAGUGACUGAUUAAAGUUUUAAUGCAAAGGUACCAAAAUUUGUGGUACCUAUAUUUGCACAUAGAAAUUAUCAUCUUUUAUUUUACAUGUGAAGUAAAAUUGCAUUUACAGACUCCAUUAUUACUGAAACUGGCACCUGCAGCUUAUUUCUGUGGAUGCAGGGAAGAGUUUGGAAAUCUUCCCCAGACCAUGUUUGUUUCUUAAGACACAGGUGGUGUCAUGGCUUAAUCUUGUGUUUCACAGAACCAGUACUUGAAAAAAGUAUUGCUCCUGGAAUUUUCUCUUUCUUUCUAGAAUAAGCUUGGACUUCUUGUAGGCCCUGGUCCUGUGAGAUGCUUCUUGCUCUGGCACACAGUUAAGAGUUUCUGGAACUAUGUCCUUCCUGGAGCACAAGUACUGCAUUGGCUGUGUGCAAAUUGUGGGUUUGUGGUGUGUUUCCUUUUCUGUGGGUCUUACAGAAAGGGUCUGAGUGUGUGGAUUGCUUUAAAUAAGGGUGAGGUGCUGGUUCAGGCCUCUGCAUAGCAACAGAUAAGCUCUGGGCUGGCUUAUCUUCUCACAGAGAAUUUACAUUUGCUUUUCUUUGUCUCCUUUCCGACUUCUUUCAGCCUCAGCUUGUUUAUUCCCAUAAGUCAUGUUCCCAUCCUUGACUCUGCCCUUCUCUCUUGCAUUACUCACUUGGCUUCCUCUCUGCUUUCCCUCUUUGCCAGCUCCUCCUUCGCCCUCCGAUCACCAAGCUGCUGCCACCAUGUCUGAAUCCUCCCCCAGACCAUCUUCCCAGGCUUCUCCUCUGCUCCCCUCUGACAGGCACCUCCUUAAUGUCAGCAGCCGACUCUCAGCUAAUUAUCUGCCGUGCUGAUUAGCAGUUUGUGCGGGCAGAGCUGGCUGGGGCUUUUUGUUAAGGCUCUGAGCAAAUGCCAUUUCACAGCUCCUGGUGCUGGAAGCUGUCUUGCUGCUUUCCUGCUCCUAGCCCUCUGGACUCUCCAUAGCCAGGUGGCUCAGGUGGAUGAGUGGGAAUUGUGACUUGGUUUGUGCAGCACAGGGAUGAGGAAGCCGCGGAGGAGGUGCCGGCAGCACUUGGAGGGGAGGCGUUCUCCCUCGCCCUACAGCCUCAAGUGCUCCCCCAGCCGGGAGACGCUGACCUACGCCCAGGCGCAGCGCAUUGUGGAGGUGGACAUCGACGGGCGGCUCCACCGCAUCAGCAUCUACGACCCCCUGAAGCUCAUCACCGAGGACGAGCUGACAGCCCAGGACAUCACCGAGUGCAACAGCAACAAGGAGAACAGCGAGCAGCCCCUCUUCACUUCCAAAUCGAAGAAAACACCUUCCAAAGGCAAGAAGAAGGAUUCCUGCUCCAAACAUGCUCCAGGGUUGUCUUUGCACUUGCCCCAGCCCAAGUUCCGUGUGGUGGACUCCUUCAGCCAGCCAGAUGCUCCUCCCCUCCCUGCUGCCUACUACCGGUACAUUGAAAAGCCUCCCGAGGACCUCGACGUAGAAGUGGAGUAUGACAUGGAUGAGGAGGAUCUGGCAUGGCUGGAGAUGGUCAACGAGAAGAGAAGGGCUGAUGGUUAUGGGGCAGUUUCUGCUGACACUUUCGAGCUGCUGGUGGAUCGGCUGGAAAAGGAGUCGUACCUUGAGAGCCGGAACAACGGGGCUCAGCAGUCCCUCAUCGAUGAGGAUGCCUUCUGCUGUGUCUGCAUGGAUGAUGAGUGUCACAACAGCAAUGUCAUCCUGUUCUGUGACAUCUGCAAUCUGGCCGUGCACCAGGAGUGCUACGGUGUGCCCUACAUCCCCGAGGGGCAGUGGCUUUGCCGCUGCUGCUUACAGUCCCCUUCUCGCCCUGUGGAUUGUGUCCUUUGCCCAAACAAAGGGGGAGCCUUCAAGCAGACCAGCGAUGGCCGCUGGGCUCACGUGGUCUGCGCCAUCUGGAUCCCAGAGGUCUGCUUUGCAAACACUGUGUUCCUGGAGCCCAUCGAAGGUAUCAAUAACAUCCCUCCAGCUCGCUGGAAGCUCACAUGCUGUAUCUGCAAGCAGAAGGGCAUGGGAGCUGCUAUCCAAUGCCACAAGGUGAACUGUUACACUGCCUUCCAUGUCACCUGUGCACAGAGAGCUGGUCUCUUCAUGAAGAUUGAGCCCAUGAGGGAGACCAGCAUCAACGGCACGACCUUCACCGUGCGCAAGACUGCCUACUGUGAGAGCCACUCCCCGCCUGGCACGGUGAGAAGAGGGUCCCCAGCUGCUGCUGGUGAUGGGCAUGAGGUCACUGUGAAGGAGGAGGAAGAGGAGGAAGCCAAUUCUGGCCCUCCCAAAGGGUCUGUGAAGAAGAACCAAGUGAAAUUGAAGCAAAAGAUCAAAAAGGAGCCUGGUGAUGUGACCAAAGGGCGUUCGUCCAUGCCCGUGGUGACUGUUGCACAAAUUCCCUCUUACAGGCUGAACAAGAUGUGCAGUGGGCUGUCCCUGCAGAGGAAGAACCAGUUCAUGCAGAGGCUGCACAACUACUGGCUGCUGAAGCGGCAGGCGAGGAACGGGGUGCCCCUGAUCCGGCGGCUGCACUCGCACCUGCAGUCGCAGAGGAACGCCGAGCAGAAGGAGCAGGAUGAGAAGACGAGUGCAGUGAAGGAGGAGCUGAAGUACUGGCAGAAGCUGCGCCAUGACUUGGAGCGGGCCCGGCUGCUCAUCGAGCUCAUCCGGAAGAGGGAAAAGCUCAAACGGGAGCAGGUCAAGGUGCAGCAGGCUGCCAUGGAGCUGCAGCUGACCCCUUUCAAUGUCCUGCUCCGCACAACCCUGGACCUGCUGCAGGAGAAGGAUGCUGCCCAGAUCUUCACAGAGCCCGUUAACCUGAACGAGGUUCCAGAUUACCUGGAAUUCAUUUCCAACCCAAUGGAUUUUUCCACCAUGAGGCGGAAGCUGGAGUCCCACCUGUACCGAACCUUGGAUGAGUUUGAGGAAGACUUUAACCUUAUAGUUGCCAACUGCAUGAGGUAUAAUGCUAAAGACACGAUUUUCCACCGAGCAGCUGUCCGGCUCCGGGACCUCGGGGGAGCGAUUUUGCGUCACGCGCGGCGCCAGGCCGACAGCAUCGGCUUUGACACUGGCGUGGGGAUUCACCUGCCUGAGUCGCCCAAGCCCCACGACUUUUACCGCUUUUCUUGGGAGGAUGUGGAUAACAUCCUGGACCCGGAGAACAGGGCCCACCUGUCUCUGGAGGCGCAGCUGAAGGAGCUGCUGGAGAAGCUGGACACAGUGAGCUCCAUGCGCUCCAGCGGCGCCCGCACGCGGCGCGUGCGGCUCCUGCGGCGCGAGAUCAACUCCAUCCGCCACAGGCUGGCCCAGCAGCAGAGCAAGGCCCUGCCCAACGGGGACUCUGUGCCACGGGAGGGGCUGGAGACAACUUCCAGGGAAGGGGAUGACGAAGGGGAGAAAGAUGGUUCCAAGCUCCCAUACCCUCCAACCCUGGAGCCCACAGGACCUGCACCCACCCUCUCAGAGCUGGACUCUCUGCAGGACCCUCCAACACUCAAGCCCAUCAGUGAUAGCAGGCCCCUGAACCAGCUGCAGAGGAGGAUGGUGUCAGACAGGGAGCUCUUUGACAAGAAAGCUCUGCAGCAGGAGAGCCAGGCUUUCCAACGCCUGCUGUCCAACAAUGGCCUCAACGGCCUGGCCCUGGCCCCUGCAGACAGCCCUGCCAACCCCGCCCUCAGCAGCGUGGGCCGCCGGACAUCGGUGCUGUUUAAAAAAGCCAAGAACGGUGUGAAGCUGCAGAGGGGUCUGGAGUGCUCCCUGGAGAACGGGGAGGAGCUCAGGCAGGGCGGGCAGCACUCCCCCUCCCGCCCCGACGGGGAGCGGCAGGCACGGAAACGGCCCCAGAGCCGGAGCUGCGGUGACAGCAGUGGGGAGAAGUCGCCCAGGCAGAGAGGAGUGACCAAUGGCUUUGCAAAACAUGCAGGGAGUGGCUCUGACUCGGAGUGCAGCUCUGCCCUGGGCAGUGGGCUGGUGUUUGAAGCCUGCAGUGGUUUGGUGCCUCCCAAGCGCAGCCGAGGGAAGCCAGCCCUGGCUCGGGUGCCCUUCCUGGAGGGUGUGAAUGGAGACUCUGAUUUCAGUGCCUCAGGCAGGCCUCUCCUGAUGUCCUGUGAGAGCCAGGCUGAGCUGGAGCCCCUGGAGCUGGUGUGGGCCAAGUGCCGUGGUUACCCCUCCUACCCUGCCUUGAUUAUUGACCCCAAGAUGCCACGUGAGGGUUUGCUGCACAAUGGGGUCCCCAUCCCUGUGCCCCCCAUGGAUGUCCUGAAGCUGGGGGAGCAGAGGCAGACAGAGGCAGGAGAAAAGCUCUUCCUUGUCCUUUUCUUUGACAACAAGAGAACCUGGCAGUGGCUGCCGCGGGACAAAGUCUUUCCCCUGGGCGUGGAUGACACCGUGGACAAGCUGAAGAUGAUGGAGGGACGCAAAACCAGCAUCCGCAAAUCGGUGCAGGUGGCCUACGACCGAGCCAUGAUCCACCUGAGCCGAGUGCAGGGGGACAACCCCUUCCUGCCCACUGCCACCUACCUGUGAGGGGCUGCUGGGCCAGCCUGUGCUGCUGCAGCUCUCUGCACUGCUCGGUGCAGCACCUCCAGCAGCUGGCAGCGCUCCUGGGAGUGCCUGAAAUGUGCCAAAAAAACCCCUUGUCCAGCCUCUUCCUGAAUGUGUCUUGCUGAAGAGCUGGCAGGAGAUGAAAUGUCUGCAGGGAGUAAGGUAGGUAGGAAGAGCUGACAGGUGACAGGAGCCAAGGUGAGUUGCUGCAGUGAGCAGAGCACACAGCACUUGGAUGUUUGGACCUCGUGCACCGUCCCCUGCCCCUGCCUCUCCUGCACUGCCAGGCCUUUGAGUCAUCAGCCAGUCCCAGGAAAUUCCUGGGAACCUGGCACCCCUAGGAUUCUUUAGAAAUCCCAACUGGGCUUUCUUGUGCCAAAUUUACCUUAACCAUCAUUGGCCUUUUCAUUUUUCUUUAAAUGACAUUGUCCUAUCACAUAAAAUCUGCACAGAAUUGUAGCUGGGAGCUCUAAUUGUGAUUCUCCUGCCUACAUACAUCAUGUUUUCAUGUUUAGAUUUCUCUCACUGCAUUUAGAAAAGCCCGAGAUUUUGGUAACCUUCCCCCCCUGCACAGUUUCAUGCACAGAUUCACAGAGCUUUAAAGAUGAAAAUCAGAUUUCCUGAUCUGUGUCUGUAUGUAUGUCCUAGAAAUGGAUUUUGUUGUUUCACAUUUCAGUUCUGAUUUCUGUGACUCUGCUUGUUGUAGUAACAUUUCAUACCAUGAAUUAGCACAGUACCUAAGAAAAGGUAACUUCCUUUUUUUAAGAAGUAAUUUUGGAGGUGUCUGUUGAGCUGGAGCAGCUCUGCAGGCACUGAGGUUGAUCAGGGUUGGAGGGAGAUGCAUCUUUUGUGUUGGUUUAUGCACAUUUGGUGUAAGGCUCCUCUUCCUUUUCCCCCCCCUCUUUUGUGUCUCCCUGUUUUCCUCUGCCACAUUUUGGACUGAAACCAAGCACUGACCAGAGCACACAACCCUUCAGCUGUUUCACCUCCUCCCACACGUGCACAUCCUUCCCUGGUGUGUGGGUCUCCAGUGUUGUCAUCCAGCUAAACCCAGACAAUCCCUCUUGGUUUGGGUUUGCAUUGCAAAAAAACUGAUGUUUGGGAACUUGGUGACUAAAUCUUUUUUAUUAGCCAAGGAAUUUUAUGAUUUUUCUGAUCUCUUCUGUUGCAUAUCCCUCUUUGCUUUCCCAUUUUAAAGAGCCAAAGGUGCAAAGUAAGAUUGUAGAUUGAGUAUCAUCAUUUUGCUUUUUAACUCAGUAUUUUUAAAUUAUUUUUAACUUUUUCAUACUGAAGAGAAUGUGGAGUCAAAAUAAUAAUAAUAAUAAUUAAUGAUAAUGAAUAGUAGGGAAUAAUCACUGCCAUUUCUACUUGCUCUACUUUUUUAAAAUACCACUUCUUAUACAUUGGGGCAUGGAAUUGCAUUUGAAGGAAUUUUAAGAUUCCUGUAACAUAAAGAGAUGGGGCAUAGGAGUUUGUAAAAAUAUUAAUAGUGAUAAUAAUGCCCAUGGAGUGUGGCUAGGGAAGGAUGUUGUGUAUAUAGCUGUAAAAUGUUCUAAAUUAUUUAGACCUAUUGUCACCAUUCUUGAAGUCCUCAGUUGUGUUGCUGGGUCUUUUAUAUGCACACAGUGUAAUUUAUUUAAAGGAACAUACACUUUUCCAGGUGGUAGCUCAGCUGUGGACUAGUGACCUGUGUAUAUGUUUUAAGGUCUUGGGAGUUGGUAUUUUAUUUUUUUUCCCAUUUUGUUUGGUUUUUAAAUGAUUUUAGAAUUUGGAUUGGCUGAUAUCCUGUUGUUGCUACAGAACCUAAAUGUUACUGUCAGUCUGCUGUAAAGCACAGAUUGCUCUAUUUAUUGUAGAAAGUGAGUUUAUUUGCUUUCUAGAAUUGUUUAUAUCAGAUGGUAUAAGAGAAGUAAUAAGAAAAUCUAUGCUUGUAAAGAAAAAAAAGCUAAUUUUACCUACUAUAAUCUGACUGUCUGAGACUAUAUUUUCUCUCUGAGAAAUAAAUGUUCUAAUGUAUGGAAAAAAAAACCAAAACAACAAAACACCACCUUUAGAAAGAGUUCUUCCUUGCUAAUGUUGUCCUGAAAUCCAGAACAUACCAUGAUGGUUUUUAAUCAUCCCAGUGCUCCCAGGUGCAGGUGGGAAUGGCAAGGACAGGGUGACACAGGGAGGAUUUCUUGUUCUGUGUCCCUGUGCAGGGGGUGACAGAGCUGGCUGCUGCAUGGAGAGCUCCCACCUUGUGCUGGUUUUAUUUGUUGGGUUUCUUUUGGAGUUUUUUUUAAAUUCUUUCUUUUUAAAAUUGAUGUUAAACUAAGGACCACUCUGUUUUCUCAGAGAAAAACAAAAGGCACACACAAACAUAAAAGUCCAAAUGCCUGAGAAAAACAACUCCAGCUUAGGAAAGUGAUUUCU